UAGCAUAGUCACACUUUACUGUUUUUACAAAACGUUUCAAUAUUGGUGAACAAAAAGAAAAAUUGUUCUCACACGAUCUUAAAUUGAGGAAACUUUGAAAUAAAUAUUUAAUAGUUUAUAUUUUGUUGAGGUUUAAUUCCUUAAAUGAAAAAAUAAACACGAAUUUGUUACAAGAUGAAACUAAAAAUACUAUUCUUGUUAUGUCUAGUACAUUGUGUAUUUGCCUUUGAUAAUAAAUUAGAUUCACCGGCAAAAAGAUUUUUAUCUUCUCUGUCAACAUCUGAUAAAGAAGAUUAUUUGAUAUUUGCUCUUGCAAAAGGAUACUCUACAUUUAAUUCCAAUAAUCACAAUAAAACCGUCAAGAAUUUGAUUUCUCGAAGCAUAAAUAAUUAUCCAGAAACCAUUAACAAAUUCGAGAGUCUGCAGGUGCCUGAGAAUUUUGACAAUAAUUUCUACUUUUACGCGAAAGACAAUUUUUCUCUUUCUCGACAAAAUAUAAAAACGCUCAUUCAAUCUCGUAAAAUUUGCUUCAAUCGCAGAAAAUGUAUAAGUAUAGAUGAUAUAGGAAAUAUGUGUUGUCCAUUCUGACAAACAAUAUGAUAAAUUUAAAAUAAUUAUUUUAAGAUAAUUAAUAAUAAUAAUAUUAAAAUAUAUCUUUUGUAUAAAAAAAAAGUACGAGAAAUGAAAAGUAUUUUGAAUGUUAAAAAUCUGCGUCAAAAUAAAGCUGUGAUUACCAUCUUUAAAAAAAUAAAAUGUAAAUUAAAACUCAUAAAUAAAAAGUGUGACCUUAUUUUAUUUACAUUUACACAAAAAUUAUAACUGAAGGACUAUAUUAUAUAUUAUUUAACUAGAAAACUAUUAUUCAUUUUCCAUUUCAUUAUUCUUUAUUAUAACAUGGUAUGAAAUGAUUUGCUUUUACAGAGUAUGGCAUAGAUAAUGUUUUUGUUUUUUUAAAUUUUCAGAUGAAAACAAUAUUUUUACCAUACUGAGGCAGCUUGUACACAAUUAAAGACUACUUUUUUUCUGUAUAUAUAACAUUUUAAACGAAAGCCUUUUAUAUCUUCAAAUUUGUUAAUUUUCAAUUUUUUUUUUCAAACACUGUAUUAUUAUUUUUUUAUACAAUUGGGAAUUUUCCCAAUCUUCCUUUUUUCAAUUCUGUAGUUAUUUUUAUGUAUUUGUUUUUUUUUUUUUUAUUUUUCUGUAAUAAAAUUGUGAAUUUAAAAAAAUUUACAUUAUACCAAAAAAAAAGAAGAUUUUUUAAUUCGAAAAAAUAAUCGAAAGAUUUUUUUCCAGAAAAAUCCUUACUAAAUAAAUUAAUUUGAGCGAUAAUUCCUCGUGAUUUUUUUUUCUUUUUUAAUGUAAUUAAUCAUCAUUCUUGAAGUUAUAAAAGACUUAGUGAACAUUUACUGCAUCAAACGGAGUGCCACAACCAUUUUUUAUUGUUGUUGACAUACAUUAUACAAAGUACAGCCUUUCUAUAGUAACACUAUUUUUUUUAUGUGAUUAAAAAAGCUGGACGCAACCGUCAGAAUUAGGUAUGUUUAUUUUUGGUAUCAUUUUCUGUAAAAUCAGUCGCAUAAAUUAACAACUAUUUACAAAUUGAGACAAAGCUUAGUGAAAGUUCUGCCAACUGUUUUUUCGCGCUUAUUAAAGAAUAAAUAAAACAAGCAGAAAUAAAAAAAAACUGUUUGUUUCUAAUCAGUCAGCAGACUUAUUUAAA